GACACGACGCUGGAGCAUUCGACGGGCUUGCGGCUUCUGCAUGGGGAGGCAGAUUGGACUCCCGGCUUAGUCAUCGACGCCUAUGGCGAACGCGGCGUGGCCGCCUUCGACGGCGAAGGGGCUGACGCCUUUUGGCGGCCGAGGUUACCGGCCAUAAUCAAAGCCUUCGCAGACGGUGGAUACCAUCUGUCCAGCGUGAUCAACAAGGAUGGCACGGAAACGCUUUGGGGGACUCCGCCGGCCAAAGAAGCAUCUCAGUUUGAGGAAAACGGCGUCCUCUACGAGGUGGACGUCUGGCACGGCCAUAAGACAGGCUUCUUCCUGGACCAGCGGCCGAAUCGGCAGCUCCUCUGCAAACCAUGUGGACUGCAGAUUCUUCCUAAAUUAGUGAAUGCUUAG